AUGGACAUUCGUUCAGAAAUUGUAAAUUCCAUAAUAUAUUCUUUAAAAAGAUGCAAAAAUAAAAAUAAAUAUAUUUUGUUGUUAAACGAGUUAUUGUCCCUUUUCCCAGCACACGCUGAAAAAAGCUUAAAGCUAUGCUUAAAAUCGUGCAUAAAAAAAUAUACAUUAAUAGAAGAAAAUGAUUCACCGGAACCUUGUAAAGAUUAUGGACAUAAAAUAUUUAACAGUAAAAAAAAAGAAAGCUUCUUUAGUGACACUACUAUUAUAUGUAAGAAAAAGAAGAAAGUAGAGAAAAAAAAAUUAUCAUCUAUAAAAUCUAACAGAUAUAAAAAGACAUGUAUACACUUUUUUGUACUAUGUGGAAAUAAAAGGAAGUAUGUUGUAUUUCAAAACUUUUGUUCAUGUUUUUAUUUUAAAGAAAAAGUAUUAUGUAAUAAUAACGAUAUUUUAUGUAAACACCUUUUAUCCGUUUUUUUGGCAAAAUGUUUUCAUAACUAUAGGAAUAUUUUUUUAAAUUCCGAUUUAUUUUUUGAAUGGUACCUUAAAAAAUUAAAUAUCUCAAACCAGUAA